AUGACGACAGUCGCGGAGCUCAAUAAGCCGUUCUCGCCGUGCGACCUGAAGAAGGUCCGCGCGAUCGAGUUCGGUGUACUAGACCCGGAGAUGCUGAAGCGUCUUUCUGUGUGCGAAGUCACGCAGACGGAUUUCUACCGCGAUGGCGUUCCGGUCACUGGCGGCCUGAACGACCUACGUAUGGGCACGACGGACGCACGUCACAACUGUUUGACGUGCUACAUGGACCUGAAGCACUGCACAGGCCAUUUCGGCCACAUCACGCUCUCGAAGGCGAUGUACCACUCCAGUUUCAUCAUCGCGGUGAUGAAGGUACUGCGCUGCGUGUGCUUCAACUGCAGCAGCCUGCUCUGCGCCAAGGACGACCCGCGCGUGAUACAGAUCAUGAAGCUGCGCGCGACGGCGCUCAGGCUCAACAGGCUCGUGGAAGUUUGCUCGACUUUGCCGCGCUGCCAGCACGCGACGCUGGCCGGGUCUAAGAUGAAGGGUUGCGGCUACCCGCAGCCGAGGUAUAGCAAGGAAGGCACCAGCCUUCUGAUCCAGUUCACGGACAAACACCGCCAGAUGCUGGAGGAGGUUGACGAGGAUUGCGACGAGAUUAAGCGUCCGUUCACUGCCGAGGAAGCGUUCAAGAUCCUCAAGGGGAUAUCGCAUGAGGACAUGCGGUACCUCGGUUUCAACCCCGAGCGCUCGCAGCCGUCGUGGCUGAUUCUGCAGGUGCUGCCUGUGCCCCCACCGCCCGUUCGGCCGUACGUCGCGUACGGAAGCGACCGUAGCGAGGACGACCUGACGCUGAAGCUGCUCGAUAUCGUCAAGGCGAACAACAUGCUCAAGAAGCACGACGAGCGCGCCACGGCCCCUCACAUCUUGCAGGAAAUCUCGCAGCUGUUGCAGUACCACAUUACCACCUUGUUCGAUAACGAUAUACCGGGGAUGCCCGUCGCAUCCACACGCUCAAAGAAGCCCAUCAAGUCCAUCCGAGCGCGCCUGAAGGGUAAGGACGGACGGCUGCGUGGCAACCUUAUGGGAAAGCGUGUGGACUUCUCGGCGCGUACUGUCAUCACGGGUGACCCCAACCUUCCCAUCGACAUCAUCGGCGUGCCGAAGUCCAUCGCCAUGACACUUACGUUCAGUGAGACCGUGACUCCGCUCAACUUUGAGAGUUUGCGAGCCAAGGUUGAAAUGGGUCCUCACGAGUGGCCAGGCGCCAAGUUCAUCGUUCGUGACGAUGGGACGCGCUUUGACCUGCGCCACGUGAAGCGGGCGAGCGACCUGCAGCUGGAGUACGGUUACCGCGUAGAGCGGCAUCUGCAGGAUGGUGACUUCAUCCUGUUUAAUCGGCAACCGUCGCUUCACAAGAUGAGUAUCAUGGGACACCGUUGCAAGGUCCUGCCGUACUCGACGUUCCGUCUGAACCUGUCGGUAACCUCGCCGUACAAUGCGGAUUUCGAUGGAGACGAAAUGAACCUCCAUCUCGCCCAGACGCACGAAACGCGUGCGGAGGUAAAACACCUCAUGCUUGUGCCUAAGCAAAUUGUCUCCCCGCAGGGUAACCGUCCUGUCAUGGGUAUCGUGCAGGACUCCCUGCUGGGUAUCAGCAAGUUCACGCGCCGAGACUGCUUCCUGACGAAGGACAUGCUGAUGAACCUGCUGAUGUGGAUUCCGUACUGGGACGGUAAGCUUCCGCAGCCGUGCAUCUUCCACCCGGUGCCGCUCUGGACCGGCAAGCAGGUGAUCACGAUAAUACUGACCUUCGACCAGCUGAACUCAUCGACCUGCAUCAACCUGAUGCGCAACUCGGGAACUUCAAUCGAAAACGACAACCCAUACUGUUCCUCCAACGACUCUAAGGUCAUCAUCAGCAAGAAUGAGCACCUUUGUGGUGUCAUCUGCAAGAAGACUGUGGGUACGAGUUCGGGAUCGUUGAUUCACGUCCUGUGGCAUGAAGCGGGUCCCGAGCGCUGCAAGGAUUUCCUGUCGACCGUGCAGAAGGUCGUCAACAACUGGCUCAUCCACAACGGGUUCACGGUGUCCUGCUCCGACAUCAUGGCGAGCGAGUCCACGCUGGCCCAGGUGGCGGAGAUUCUCGAUAGGUCCAAGAAGGAGGUGCAGCGCCUGGUUGGUCUGUCCCAAAAGGGUAAGCUCAAGUGCCAACCCGGUAAGUCGCUGUUCGAGUCUUUUGAGGCUCGUGUGAACAAGGAGCUGAACGAGGCUAGGGAGCAGAGUGGUACCAUCGCCGCCAAGAGUUUGGAUGAGCGCAACAACAUUCUGGCUAUGGUUAACAGUGGAUCCAAGGGGUCCACCAUUAACAUAUCACAGAUCAUCGCAUGUGUGGGUCAACAGAACGUCGAGGGUAAGCGUAUCCCCUUCGGAUUCCGUGACCGUUCUUUGCCACACUUUAUCAAACACGACUACGGACCGGAGAGCCGCGGGUUCGUGUCCAACUCGUAUCUUUCGGGAUUGACUCCGCAGGAGAUGUUCUUCCACGCCAUGGGUGGUCGUGAAGGUAUUAUCGAUACUGCCUGUAAGACCUCGGAGACUGGUUACGUCCAACGUCGUCUCAUGAAGGCUAUGGAGGACAUCAUGGUGCACUAUGACAAGACUGUACGUAACGGUGUGGGUGACAUUCUGCAGUUCCUGUACGGUGAGGACGGCAUGGGCGCCGAGUACAUUGAGGACCAGACGCUGGACCUGAUGAAGCUCGACUUCGCCGAGCUGAACCGUUUGUACGCGCACGACUUCCGCAACGAAAAUUACGGUGUCGGCUGGAUUCUGGAUGAAACAAUCCGCAACAACAUUCUCACUGACUUCAGUCAGCAGGUGGUGCUGGUGGAGGAGUACCAGCGGCUGCUCGACAUGAAGGCUAUCCUGUGCAAGCAGGUGUUCCCUGACGGAGAGACCCGUCAGCACUUGCCUAUCAACAUCUCCAGGCUGUUGGAGUACGCCAAGACACAGUUCCCGAUGACCACCGAGAGCCGCAAACUGAUGAACCCAGUUGACAUUGCGCAGCGUGUGCAACAGCUGCUGGAUGGUUUGACCAUCGUGGUCACAAGCGGCCCUCAGGAUAUUUUGGCUGCUGAGGCGCAGGAGAACGCUACCAUCCUCAUAAAGGCACAUCUUUCAACGGCGUUACACUCACGUCGUCUCAUGGAGAGAGAGAAAAUCGGUAACCUGGCGCUCGACUGGCUUCUGGGUGAGGUGAAACGUAUAUUCUACAAGUCGAUCUGCCACCCCGGAGAGUGCGUGGGCGCUGUGGCGGCGCAAUCUAUCGGUGAACCAGCUACGCAGAUGACCCUGAACACUUUCCACUUUGCCGGUGUCAGUUCGAAGAAUGUUACUCUCGGUCUGCCGCGUCUGAAGGAACUUAUCAACGUGGUUCGCAACGUGAAAACGCCCUCCCUCACAAUUCACCUCGAGAGAGGCGUCGCUCAUGACCAGGAGCGUGCGAAGGAUAUGCAAACGCGGUUGGAGUACACGACUUUGGACAAGGUGGUUGCACUCUCGCAGGUCAUUUACGACCCACAUGUGUCACGAACCAUUGUGGCGCGGGACUGCAACUGGGUGCGCGAGUACUACGAGUUCCCUGACGACGAUAUGGGCCGCCUGGGUCCGUGGGUGCUGCGCAUCCAGCUGUCGAAUAAGGUUAUGACCGACAAGCGUCUGACGAUGAAGGAGAUUGUGGACCGUAUCUACCAGGAGUUUAGCCACGACGAGAUCGACUGCAUCAACACCGAUGACAACAACGACGAGCUCGUUUUGCGCAUUCGGGUGAAAUACUCCAGCAUGGAGGUGGACCAGCAGAACCUGGGCGAGAACGAGGGCGAGUUCCUGCAGCGUUUCAUGUCGCAGGUUCUGGUGAACGUGAAAUUGCGUGGUGUGGCCAAGAUUUCUAAGGUGUACAUGCGUGAAGAGGCUCAAAUCAAGUAUAACGAGACCAACGGCAGGUUCGAACGUGUGAGCCAGUGGGUGCUGGACACGGACGGCUGCAACCUGGAAGACGUGCUGCCGAUCCCUUGCGUCGACGCACAGCGUUCGAUUUCGAACGACAUCAGCGAGAUUUUCCAUGUGUUGGGUAUCGAGGCGGCGCGUAUGGCACUGCUCCGUGAGUUGAGGGCCGUCAUCAGUUUCGACGGUAGUUAUGUGAACUAUCGUCACUUGUCGCUGCUGUGUGAUGUGAUGACCCAAAAGGGUCACAUUAUGUCGAUCACGCGCCACGGUCUAAACCGCGCAGACCGUGGGCCAAUGGUGAAGUGUAGUUUCGAGGAGACUUUGGAGGCGUUGGUGGAUGCGGCCGUUUACGCUGAGGUGGAUAACCUAAAGGGUGUCACCGAGAACGUUAUGCUGGGUCAGCUGUGCCCCAUGGGGACUGGAUGUUUUGAUAUCAUGAUCGACGAGGAAAAGCUUCGCGACGCGAACCAGAACCUCCAGAUUGUACCGGAUUCUGCCUUGUCUGGAUUCACAAGCCCGGACUCGACGAGCCCUGAUUCGAUGUCGCCGGCGAAGAUUAAUUCGAUGCUUUCGCCGCUGCCGUUCAGCCCUUCGUACGCGGCUCUGAUGAUGUCGCCGGUGAUCAACGCUUCGUCGCCAGGAUUUGCAGCGUCACCUGCUAUCGACACGAAGGCUCUUGGAGGUAGUUUCUCUCCAACCAUCAUGUCGCCGCAAUCGCCUGCAAGUCCCGGGUACGCGCCGCUGUCACCGAACCCGUUAUCGCCAAAUCCUCUAUCGCCAACUAUGGGUAUGAUGUCACCGACCAGCCCGCCCUACAAGCCCGGUAUACGGCCAGUCGGGUGCUGUCUACAGUCCUGCGAGCCCGGCUUAUUCGCCAACAAGCCCAGUCUACUCGCCUACCAGCCCGGCAUAUUCGCCAACGAGCCCAGCGUACUCUCCGACGAGUCCCGCAUACUCACCGACAAGUCCGGCUUACUCCCCAACGAGCCCUGCCUACUCGCCAACAAGUCCUGCGUACUCACCAACGAGUCCCGCCUAUUCGCCUACAAGUCCAGCGUAUUCACCGACCAGCCCGGCAUACUCGCCGACGAGCCCAGCGUAUUCGCCCACAAGUCCUACUCUAGGGUACUCUCCAACGAGCCCAGUGUACCGGCCGACAAGCCCCGCCUACUCACCAACGAGUCCGGCAUAUUCACCGACGAGUCCCGCGUACUCACCGACGAGCCCGGCGUACUCGCCGACAAGUCCGACAUACUCGCCUACGAGUCCGGAGUAUUCUCCGCAGGAUCCAUUUUCUCCCAACCCGUUCGAGGAGGAGAACUAACAGACCUGUGCUUUGUAUGUGUUAGCGUAUUUAUCUAG